CACCAUAUUCAAGAAACAAUAACAUUUUUGCUCUUAUUCGGUUUCUCUCUCUCUCUCUAAAGACUCUCUCUCUCUCUCAUUCAUUCUGUUCGUUUCUCUCUCUAGAAGAGAGGACGAAGAAGAAGAAGAAGCUCAAAGAUAUGGUGUCUACCCGUCGCAGUGGAUCUGUAUCCAAGCGAUCAUCUUCUCCAGACCAACACAAACCCCCUUCCCCCAAACGCCCAAAGGUUGAUAAUGGAGGCGCAUCGGAGAAAUCGACGCCUCAGGAACCCUCACAACCGCCUGUUGUGGAGAAUUUCAAAGAAUUAAGCUCGCCAGAGCCUGUGGAUCCGCCGGAAAACGCUGCCGGAAGUUCUCAUCGGAAAGAAGGCCAGGAUGUUACUGCCGUUAAGGCUGAGGCUUCCGUCGUCACUCCGGUCGCUCAAGGGUCGGUGCCGGUUUUAACGGAGAAACCGCGGGCAGUUACUUCAUGGAAGACGCAUUAUCAAAGGUCUGAAAUCGCGAGACCUUGGUGCAGGCUUCUUGCUCAGACUUCACUGAACCAAAGCAUGACUGCUUAUACGCCAACCUUUUUAAUCGGGUCAAACAAGAAUGCAAAUGUUGUGAUUAAGGAUGUAAGCGCGGUUCUUUGCAGUAUCAGGCUCAAUGAGUGCGAAGGCAGUUCUAUGGCGGUGCUUGAAAGCAAAGGAAGCAAGGGAUACGUUUAUGUUAACGGGAGGGUUAUAAAAAAGGGUACAAGUUGCGUUUUGAGAUCAGGAGAUGAAGUCGUUUUUGGCUCUUUCGGAAAUCAUGCUUAUAUUUUUCAGCAACUGCCUGAUGUCUUGUUAAGAAGACAUAGAAAAGUACUGCAUAUUGAAAGACGUGCAGGGGACCCGUCAGCAGUUGCAGGUGCAUCUAUUUUGGCAUCUUUAUCAAAUCUGCGAUCGGAUUUAUCUCGUUUGAAGCCUGCUGUUCAAGCUGCACCUAAAACUAAUAUUGAAACCGCUAAUCCUGAUGAUGAGAUCGAUGGUUUAGAAGUAAAUUCAGCUACAAAUACUGAAAUCGGAGCGAUAGGCAAAGUCACACCUCUUAAAUCUGUAAGUCCACUGGAAACAAGAGAUUGGAACAGGGAUUCACUCUCUGCAUCAACAUCAGGAACGUCUGUAAGAUCUGCAAUAUUGAAGGAAGAGAUUCUUGCUGCUAUUAUCGACGGGUGUGAAGUUGGAGUUUCUUUCGACGAAUUCCCGUAUUAUUUAAGCGAGAACACAAAAAACGUGCUUAUUGCAGCUUCUUAUAUACACUUGAAGCAUAGAGACCAAGUUAAAUACGCUUCCGACCUUUCUACAGUGAAUCCCAGAAUCUUGCUUUCGGGUCCCACAAAUUCUGAAAUUUAUCAGGAGAUGCUAGCAAAGGCACUUGCGUAUUAUUACGGUGCCAAGUUGCUUAUAUUCGAUAGCAAUAUGUUUCUUGGCGGUUCGUCAUCGAAAGCUGAGCAAUUGAAACAAAGUUCUAGGUCCACUCCUCUGUUAACAGGCAAUACAAGUAACCCUAGUGAAUCAGAUGUUGUGGGAAAUGAAAAUAAUCCUUCUUUUCCCGUUGACUCGCAAAACAAAAUGGAUGUUGACUCUGUUUCUCCAGCUGUAGGACCCUCCAAAAGCCCCACGUUUAAAUUGGGUGAUAGAGUAAAGUUUAUAGGUGGAGGCUUACACCCUUCUUCGUCAACUUCAAGAGGUCCAACUUCUGGGGCCCGCGGGAGGGUUCUUUUACCGUUUGAAGACAAUCCGCUCUCGAAAAUCGGUGUCAAGUUUGACAAACCAAUUACCGAUGGGGUUGAUAUGGGUGGACACUGUGAUGGUGGUUAUGGAUAUUUCUGUUCAGCUAAUGAACUCCGUUUGGAUUCAACGGGUGUACAAGAUCUUGAUAAAUUAGUCAUCAGCACCUUGUUUGAGGUUGUAUCCACUGAGAGUAGGAAUAUUCCGUUCAUUCUAUUCAUGAAAGAUGCCGAGAAAUCCAUCGUUGGGAGCUCAGAAGCGUAUUCAACAUUCCGAGAUUGGCUCGAUAAACUCCCAGACAAUGUUGUUGUAAUCGGUUCACAAACUCACACCGACAAUCGCAAAGAAAAGGCGCAUCCUGGUGGUCUACUUUUCACAAAAUUCGGCAGCAACCAAACCGCUUUGCUCGACUUUAAUCUUCCGGAUAUCGGAAGAUUACAUGAAAGGGGGAAAGAGGUUCCGAAAUCAACAAAGCUUUUAACAAAACUUUUUCCAAAUAAAGUGGCCAUUCACAUGCCUCAGGAUGAGAAUCUCCUUGCUAGCUGGAAACAACAACUGGAUCAGGAUGCUGAAACUUUAAAAAUGAAGGGAAAUCUUAAUCAUCUACGUAAUGUUUUAAACCGCACUGGAUUAGAAUGUGACGGGCUGGAGACAUUGUGCAUCAAGGAUCAGUUGCUUACAAAUGAAGGUUCUGAGAAGGUUGUAGGAUGGGCUUUAAGCCAUCAUCUAAUGCUACACGCUGAAGCCGAUCCAGAUGCAAGAAUUGUUCUUUCAACCGAGAGUAUACAAUAUGGUGUUGAAAUUCUCCAUGCAAUUCAUAAUGAAUCCAAGAGCCUAAAGAAGUCUCUCAAGGAUGUUGUUACUGAAAAUGAAUUUGAGAAAAGACUGCUGGCUGAUGUCAUACCCCCUAGUGACAUUGGAGUUACGUUUGAUGAUAUUGGAGCCCUAGAAAAAGUCAAGGAUACUUUAAAGGAGUUGGUUAUGCUCCCUCUACAAAGGCCUGAGCUUUUCUGUAAAGGCCAAUUAACCAAGCCAUGCAAGGGUAUUCUUCUGUUCGGGCCACCUGGAACCGGAAAGACGAUGUUGGCUAAGGCUGUGGCUACGGAAGCUGGUGCUAACUUCAUAAACAUAUCCAUGUCAAGCAUUACAUCAAAGUGGUUUGGUGAGGGUGAGAAGUACGUCAAGGCGGUUUUUACGUUGGCCAGCAAAAUUUCUCCCAGUGUUGUUUUUGUGGACGAAGUGGAUAGCAUGUUGGGGCGGAGGGAGAAUCCCGGGGAACAUGAAGCCAUGCGUAAGAUGAAAAACGAGUUUAUGGUAAAUUGGGACGGUUUGCGCACAAAAGACACAGAACGAGUUCUUGUUCUUGCAGCCACAAACAGACCUUAUGAUCUUGACGAAGCAGUCAUUAGAAGGCUUCCACGUAGAUUGAUGGUGAAUUUACCAGAUGCUCCCAAUAGAGCAAAGAUAUUAAAGGUCAUACUAGCAAAAGAGGAUUUGUCUCCAGAUAUGGAUUUGGAUGCAGUGGCAAACAUGACCGAGGGAUAUUCCGGAAGCGAUCUUAAGAAUCUAUGUGUAACUGCGGCUCAUCGCCCAAUUAGAGAGAUCAUAGAAAAGGAAAAAAAGGAACGUGCUGCAGCUAUAGCAGAAGGCAAACCUGCUCCACCGUUGAAUGAAAGUUCCGAUAUUCGGCCUUUAAAUUUAGAAGACUUUAAAUUUGCUCAUGAACAGGUUUGUGCCAGUGUGUCUUCGGAAUCUGUAAACAUGAACGAGCUUGUGCAAUGGAAUGAGCUCUACGGAGAGGGAGGUUCUAGAAGAACGAAAGCGUUGAGCUACUUCAUGUGAUGAGUUCUAAUAAACAGAGGAGAAUAACAUGUGAAAAUCGCCAUCAUGUUUGUACAAUGAAAGUAUAGGCACUUUUUUUCUUUUGUUAAAAACUUAAAUUUACUUUUUCUGCCAUUUGUUGUAUCUACUGAAAGUAGUAUUUUGUGAGGUGGCAUAAAGGCAGAUGUUGGUUGGUUAGGGCUGCUGCAUCAGCUUUUGUUUUGUUUCUCCCUCCAUCUCCCUUUGUGGUAAUUUUGAGGACACUUUCUUUUUUUUUU